AUGAGCAGAGAGUUCGCCCUACCACCUUCCCACGAAGAGAACCGAGAAAAGAGUCCAGAACAAGUCUACAGGAUGACGACCGAGACCCUCCCUUCCCGCCAGCGGCGACCUUCCGUUGGCGCCCCCAUCGUCGAUAUCCAGGGAAGCGUUAGCCCCGCCGGCAUUUCUCGACCCAAACAUAAGAGAACCUUUACUGGUUUUUCUCCACAGGAGAUUAAAAAUGUCGAGGCUUCAAUUCCCGAAAACCAGCGAGAGGCUUGGAACAAGGGCAAGUUCAAGCCAUUCGAGACUCGGGAUGAGUUUGAACGAGAAGUUGUCCGCCACGUCGAAACCGACCUAGCUCGCAGUGUUUUCAAUUGCGAUGAGUUGGCUGCCUACGCCGCCACAAGCUUGGCCUUCCGCGACCGCCUCAUCGUGGACUGGAACAAGACCCAGCAGCGCCAGACUUUCAAUGACAACAAGCGUGUUUACUAUCUCAGCUUGGAGUUCCUAAUGGGCCGAGCCCUUGACAAUGCCAUCUUGAACGUUGGCCAGAAGGACAUUGCUACACAGGGCCUCUCCAAUUUGGGCUUCAGGAUCGAAGACGUCAUUGAGCAGGAGCACGACGCAGCUCUCGGCAACGGUGGCUUGGGCCGCCUUGCGGCUUGUUUCCUCGACAGCCUGGCUUCUCUCAACUAUCCCGCCUGGGGCUACGGCCUGCGGUAUAGAUACGGUAUCUUCAAGCAGGAGAUUAUCGAUGGCUAUCAGGUCGAGGUUCCGGAUUACUGGUUGGACUUCAACCCUUGGGAGUUCCCUCGUCACGAUGUGACUGUGGAUAUCCAAUUCUACGGCAACGUUAAUAAGUCGACUGAUGAGGAUGGAAACCCUGUGGUCCACUGGGAAGGCGGCGAGACCGUCACUGCCGUUGCUUACGAUGUCCCCAUCCCAGGCUACGAUACCCCCACCACGAACAACCUCCGACUGUGGUCCAGCAAGGCCGCUAGCGGCGAAUUUGACUUCCAAAAGUUCAACAACGGCGAUUACGAGAGCUCGGUCGCCGAUCAGCAACGCGCGGAGACGAUCAGCGCGGUUCUGUAUCCCAAUGACAACCUCGAGCGAGGAAAGGAACUUCGUCUCAAGCAGCAGUACUUCUGGGUUGCCGCCUCCCUUUACGACAUCGUCAGGCGAUUCAAGAAGUCCAAGCGUCCCUGGAGCGAGUUUCCCGAUCAAGUUGCUAUCCAGCUCAAUGAUACUCAUCCCACGCUCGCCGUUGUUGAGCUGCAGCGCAUCCUCGUCGACCUCGAGGGCCUAUCUUGGGAUGAGGGCUGGAACAUUGUAACUUCCACGUUUGGAUACACCAACCACACGGUGCUUCCGGAAGCUCUCGAAAAGUGGCCCGUUGGCCUCAUGCAGCACCUUCUCCCCCGCCACCUCCAGAUCAUCUAUGAUAUCAACCUCUUCUUCCUCCAGAGCGUCGAGAAGGCAUUCCCCAACGACCGCGAAAUCCUUAGGAGGGUCUCAAUCAUUGAGGAGUCGCAGCCCAAGAUGGUGUGCAUGGCCCACCUUGCCAUUGUUGGCUCCCACAAGGUCAAUGGUGUUGCCGAGCUUCACUCGGAUCUCAUCCGAACCACAAUUUUCAAGGACUUUGUCGCUAUUUUCGGCGUGGACAAGUUCACCAAUGUCACAAAUGGUAUCACUCCGCGCCGCUGGCUCCACCAGGCAAACCCUCGCCUGUCGGAGCUCAUUGCAAGCAAGUGUGGGGCUGGCGAGUAUCUAAAGGACCUCACCAACAUCAACAAGCUUGAACUUCACCUCAAUGACAAGGCGUUCCGUAAGGAAUGGGCGGAGAUCAAGUACGCCAACAAGGUCCGCCUCGCCAAGCUCAUCAAGACCACGUCCGGGGUGACAGUCAACCCCUCGGCGCUCUUCGACGUCCAGGUGAAGCGCAUUCACGAGUACAAACGCCAGCAGCUCAACAUCUUUGGCGUCAUCCACCGCUACCUCACCCUCAAGGCCAUGUCGCCUGAGGAACGAAAGAAGCAGCAGCCUCGCGUUUCCAUAUUUGGUGGCAAGGCCGCCCCCGGAUACUGGAUGGCCAAGCAGAUCAUUCACCUCAUCAAUAAUGUUGGAGCCGUCAUCAACAACGAUAAGGACAUUGGUGAUCUUCUCAAGGUUGUCUUCAUCGAAGACUACAACGUCAGCAAGGCCGAGAUCAUUGUCCCUGCCUCUGACCUCAGCGAGCACAUUUCCACUGCGGGCACUGAGGCUUCCGGAACUAGCAACAUGAAGUUUGUCCUCAAUGGCGGUCUCAUUAUUGGUACAUGCGAUGGUGCGAAUAUCGAAAUCACCCGCGAGAUUGGAGAGAACAACAUAUUCCUCUUUGGCAAUCUCGCCGAGGAUGUCGACGAACUUCGACACACGCACACGUACGGCACCCACACCAUUGACUCGGACCUCGCCAAGGUCUUCAAGGAGAUUGAGGGCGGCAGGUUUGGAGAAGCCAAGGAUUUCGGUGCUCUAGUUGCCGCAGUCCGCGACCACGGCGACUACUACCUCGUUUCGGAUGACUUCAACAGCUACAACGCAACGCAGGCUAUUGUUGACGAAGCAUAUAAAAACCAGGAGGAGUGGAUUACCAAGACGAUCACAAGCGUAGCUCGCAUGGGCUUCUUUAGCAGUGACAGGUGUAUCAACGAGUAUGCCGAGGAGAUUUGGAACAUUGAGCCGCUCGCGAUGAGGGAAUAG